ACAUCCGGGUUGUCACCCUACUUAGUGGUGUUUGCAAUGGUAGCGUUUUUUUUAGUACUGCUAGCAAUUAUUCAUGACGAAAUGUUCAAUACGAUCAUUUGAUUGAAUAAAGGGGAAAAUAACGUCAAGGGAGAGGCUUCGUGGAAGGGUGAACGACGUGGAUAUGCUUAUUGUGCAGAUGUUAUUGAGACGCCCCAAGUCUAACCACAAUGAGUAGCAACAGCCAUCCUUUGCGUCCACUGGCCUCAGUGUCAGAGAUUGACCACAUCCAUCUACUCUCCGAGCAGCUGGGUGCUUUGGUUCCAGGUGAAGAGUACAGUGAUGUCACCUUCAUUGUGGAGGAGAAACGCUUUCCGGCCCAUAGGGUCAUCUUGGCAGCACGCUGUCACUACUUCAGAGCUCUGCUGUAUGGCGGGAUGAAGGAGUCCCAGCCGCAGGCGGAGGUGACCCUGGAGGAGACGCGAGCCGAGGCCUUCUCCAUGCUCCUCAACUACCUUUACACGGGCCGGGCUAGCCUCAGCUCAGCCCGUGAGGAGGUGCUGCUGGACUUCCUGGGUCUGUCCCACCGCUAUGGCCUCCAGCCACUAGAGGACUCUACCUCCGAGUUCUUGCGCACCAUCCUGCAUACGCACAAUGUGUGUUUGGUGUUUGACGUGGCCAGCCUGUACUGUCUGAGUGCGCUCAGUGCAGCGUGCUGUGCCUUCAUGGACCGUCGCGCCCCGGAGGUCCUGGCCUCAGACGGCUUCCUCACAUUGUCCAAGACUGCUCUGCUGACCGUGUUACGGAGGGACUCAUUUGCAGCGAGCGAGAAGGAGAUCUUCCAGGCGCUGUGUCAUUGGAGCCGGCAGAACGGCGAGGGAAGCUCCACGCAGGAUGUGAUGGCAGCUGUGCGGCUGCCGCUCAUGAGCCUGACAGAGAUGCUAAACGUGGUGCGUCCCUCAGGACUGCUCAACCCAGACGACCUGCUGGAUGCCAUCAAGACCCGCUCAGAGAGUCGUGACAUGGACCUCAACUACCGCGGCAUGCUCAUCCCCGAGGAGAACAUUGCCACCAUGAAGUACGGGGCCCAGGUGGUGAAGGGAGAGCUGAAGUCAGCUCUGCUGGAUGGAGACACCCAGAACUACGACCUGGACCACGGCUUCUCCAGACACCCCAUAGAGGAGGACGGCCGCGCUGGCCUUCAGAUCAAACUGGGCCAGGCCUCUAUCAUCAACCACAUCCGCAUCCUGCUCUGGGACCGGGACAGCCGGUCUUACUCCUACUAUAUUGAAGUGUCCAUGGAUGAGCUGGAUUGGGUGCGUGUUGUGGACCAUUCCAAGUACCUGUGUCGCUCUUGGCAGAACCUCUUCUUUACACCACGUGUGGCCAGGUAUGUGCGCAUUGUGGGGACGCAUAACACUGUCAACAAGGUCUUCCAUCUGGUGGCUUUCGAGUGCAUGUUCACACACCGCUCCUUCACUCUGGAAAAGGGUAUUCUCGUCCCAAAUGAGAAUGUGGCUACCAUCGCGGCCUGUUCCAGUGUCAUCGAGGGUGUUAGUCGGAGCAGAAACGCUCUGCUCAACGGGGACACGCACAACUACGACUGGGACUCGGGCUACACCUGUCACCAGCUGGGCUCUGGGGCCAUUGUCAUUCAACUGGCUCAACCCUACACUAUUGGCUCCUUAAGACUGCUACUGUGGGAUUGUGAUGAGCGAUCCUACAGUUACUACAUUGAGAUCUCCACCAAUCAGCAGCAGUGGACAAAGGUGGUGGACCGCACCAAGGUGCCAUGUCGAUCGUGGCAGACACUCAAAUUCGACAAGCAGCCUGCCUCUUUUAUUCGCAUCGUGGGAACUAACAACACUGCAAAUGAGGUGUUCCAUUGUGUCCACUUUGAGUGUCCGACCCAGUUGGACAAGGAGGUGAAAGAGGGUAGUCUUGGGCAGGCAUCACCUUUUGAGUCCAGUUCCACAUCCCAGAACCCUAGACCCAUGCAGCCAUCCUGCACCCACAGCCUUCUCCCCUCCCAGCCCUCCUCAUCCUCAUCCUCCACUUCCUCACAACCCCACCUCUGAGAGAAAAGGAAAACCCCCAAGAAAACAAUUUUGCACAACCUUAUCUAUCUAUCACACAAGAUGCACUGCUAAAAUGCUGCUAAGCAUACAAUUCAUUUUGAUAACAAAAAUAAGCCUCUAACACGUGAACAGAAUCUUACAUCAAUUUCAGGUUUUUAGGGUGCUCAUACAGUCCUCCCUGUCUGAAAUGAUAGACAAUGGUGGGGGAAAAGGCUAUGGAGUAAAUUGGUCCAUACAUUUCCUGUGAAGGUAUUAGCCCACAUUUGCUGCCGGUUUAAGGGUACUCAGUUGGCACUCUUCAAAGCCUAGUCGGGCCAGGUGCUAUCCAGCCAGUGGAGACGCAAUCAGUACUGCUCAUCCAAAGAUUAACCAAUGCAAUACCACUAUCAAUGAUUUUCUACUCAUGUUGAAGAAGAAAAAUCAUAGGUGAACAUGGUCAUAUUCACCUAUGCUCAAGGUUUAUAUCCGGGAAAUUAAUUUGAUUCACCCCCCCAUUUGGACUUAGACUAAUAUUGCAGUCUUGGCUGAGCAGCACUUCAAUGUUUGGUAAAUUCAUCAGCACUUUGUGAAAAUCGGAGGGAGAAUCUAUGAGCAGCUGAUAUUUGGCACUUUAUUGUUCCCCAUAUUUACUGUAAGAAAGAUGUUACCUAGGUAUAUUAAGCACUGGGGAAAUGUGCAGUGCUGGUAAUAGCUAUUUCUGUCUAUGGAUUUGUUUUUGUCAUUUUAUUGUCCUCGCCUUUAUGAGGACAACUUUAAUUGCUGCUUGUGCUUACUGCUAAAUGUAGAUAUGAUAUGUAUAUUGUCAAUGAUUUUGUUUGUGUGGUUUGAUUUGUUCAGUUUUGUGUUGGCUCUACAGUUUAUUUCUCAGUGCUGUGCUUCCUAUUAUCUCUCACCUCUUCCCUCUUUCUUUGUUUUUUGGCUCUUAAUAUUGCUCUCUACUUUUUCAUAUCUCCUUUGUUAUUUUACAAGCUUUCAAGUAGAUUUGAGCAAUCCUUUAGAUACUUUCACAUUGCUGCUAUUGCAUGAGGGCUGAACAUUGACUUAAAGUAAAAUUAAGUAGAAAGCAGAUUACCCUUCUCAUAUCUAUAUAUUUUCCAUUCUCUUUCCUGAAUAGUUUUGAUUGCAAUUUGUUGUAUCAUCUUAGUACAAUAUCAUUACUGUACUAUAUCACCAUUGCUUGGGAUGACUUUUAUCCGUUUUUCUAUAUCACUGCCAUUAACAUACGUUGGGAUUUAUUUUCAGAAGAGGUCUCUUUUGAAGAUGUUGAUAGAGAUUCAGCAGAAAAGUCUCUCAACCUCUUAGUGUUAAAAAAAAUAUUGAUUGAUUUCUAAAGUCAAGUAGGUUUUGCAUUAGUGAGUGCCAAAGGCUUCUUCAGACUGGUGAUUUCUGCUUAUGGCCAAUGUUAGUGGGCCAAUACAUGUACAUUUUAUUGCAGGCAGUGGCUGCAGGAAACGGCAUUAAAUGUUGUCUGACUCAUUUUGCAGUACUUAUUGUUAGCAACCCUCAUCAAACUUGAAAGACCAAAUGUUUUUUUUAACAUUGCUGAUUUUAAUACAGGUUUUAAAUGCACCCUUGUCCAUCCAUCCUCAUGAUACCCUACCAGCUGGCAAUCAAGCUUUUAAACAAUACUGUAUUAAAGAUGUGGAACAAAAUAUGUAAAACUUGUGUGUCAUGAAGACCCAUGUAAGUCAGUAUGUAUUUGACAUGUUUUACACCACUGUAAAUGUACCAAUUAAUACUGUGACAGAUUUAAAACGUUCUAUGGAAGGGCGAGACGAUAGAUUGCAAACCAAUUUUAUCUCAAGAAUGCUUGUCGUUCAUGCUUCAAGCACUCCAAUUGCAAAUUUUCGCUGAUCCAUAUAUUUAGAUAGCUAAGUGACUUCGAAUAAUAUGUGUUGUGCAAAUGGCUACUCUGACGUUAAAUAUAUUUUGUGAUCCUCCUGCUUCACAGCUGAUUCAUGUUUUGGUUUGUCCCAAAAAGACCAAUGGGUUGGGACGUAUUCAUUAUCGCGUUUUGGUAAAAGUAAUUUUCAACGUUCAAACCGUGAAAUAAGGAAAUAAACGUUUUUAUAUUG